AUGUUAUGCCGUUUGGUUUUCCAUACUAACUUUGCCAAAGAUCGAUUUACUAGGUUUCUAUCUCCGAGAUCCAAACCUAAUUUCAUUCAAAUUGGAAAAAGAACGAUCAUGACUGCUUCUGAACUUCACAAGGGCCUUCCGAGGCAUUUCCUUGGUAAGAACUCCGUCGAGGUCGCCGAGCCAUCUCCCAUAAGAGACUUUGUCCUAAAGCACGAUGGUCACACGGUGAUUUCCAAGGUACUUAUUGCCAACAACGGUAUAGCCGCAGUCAAGGAGAUACGUUCUGUCAGAAAAUGGGCCUAUGAGACCUUUUCGGAUGAGCGUGCUAUACAGUUUGUUGCGAUGGCUACUUUGGAGGACUUGGAGGCUAAUGCGGAAUACAUCAGGAUGGCCGACCAGUACGUUGAAGUCCCCGGAGGAACAAAUAACAACAACUACGCUAAUGUUGAUUUGAUCGUUGACAUUGCCGAGAGGACGAAUGUCGAUGCUGUUUGGGCAGGGUGGGGCCACGCCUCGGAGAACCCAUUGCUGCCUGAGAUGCUUGCCAAGAGCAAAAUCGUGUUCAUAGGUCCCCCAGGAUCUGCCAUGAGAUCUCUGGGUGACAAAAUCAGUUCCACCAUUGUUGCACAGCACGCCAAGGUGCCAUGUAUCCCAUGGUCUGGUACCGGUAUUGACAAAGUUGUGGUGGACCCAGAAACCAACCUCGUCUCGGUUGAUGAUGAGACCUACGCUAAGGGUUGUUGCACAUCUCCAGAAGAUGGUUUAAUGAAGGCCAAGCUUAUCGGCUUCCCAGUUAUGAUCAAAGCAUCCGAAGGUGGUGGAGGAAAAGGUAUCAGACAGGUGCAGCGUGAAGAGGAUUUCCUCUCCCUUUACGACCAGGCAGCCAACGAGAUUCCAGGUUCCCCCAUCUUCAUUAUGCAACUAGCGGGAAGUGCCAGACAUCUGGAGGUCCAGCUGCUGGCUGACCAAUAUGGUACCAACAUCUCGCUUUUUGGAAGAGACUGUUCUGUUCAAAGAAGACAUCAGAAGAUUAUCGAAGAGGCUCCAGUGACAAUUGCCAAGCCAGAAACUUUCAGAGCGAUGGAAAACGCUGCUGUUAGAUUGGGAAAGUUGGUUGGUUAUGUCAGUGCAGGUACCGUUGAAUAUCUGUACUCUCACGCCGAUGACAAAUUUUACUUCUUGGAGUUGAACCCAAGAUUGCAGGUCGAACAUCCAACCACAGAGAUGGUGACUGGUGUCAACUUGCCAGCUGCCCAGCUGCAAAUCGCCAUGGGUAUCCCAUUGCAUCGUAUUAAGGACAUCAGAUUGAUGUACGGUGUCGACCCACACACUUCUACUUCGAUAGAUUUUGAGUUCAAAUCUGAAGACUCUUUGAGGACUCAGAGAAGGCCGGUUCCAAAGGGCCACACUACUGCCUGUCGUAUAACGUCGGAAGAUCCAGGUGAAGGAUUCAAGCCUUCUGGUGGUUCGUUGCACGAGUUGAACUUCAGAUCGUCCUCAAACGUUUGGGGUUACUUCUCUGUCAGCAACCAGUCUUCUAUCCAUUCGUUUUCCGACUCCCAGUUUGGACAUAUCUUUGCAUUUGGUGAAAACCGUCAAGCCUCCAGAAAGCACAUGGUUGUUGCUUUGAAGGAGCUCUCCAUCAGGGGUGAUUUCAGAACCACCGUGGAAUACCUGAUCAAGCUUCUGGAAACCCCAGACUUUGAGAAUAACACGAUCACCACCGGUUGGUUGGACGAACUCAUCACCAAGAGGCUCACUGCUGAAAGACCAGACCCUACUCUUGCAGUUAUCUGUGGUGCCGUCACCAAGGCCCACAUUGCUAGUGAUGAAAACAAGAGGGAAUACAUUGGUUCCCUUGAACGUGGUCAGGUCCCAAGCAAGGACAAACUCAAGACUAUCUUCCCAGUUGACUUCAUCUACGAGGGCCAACGCUACAAAUUCACAACUGCCAAGGCCGCAAACGAUAUAUACACUUUGUUCAUCAACGGUUCCAGAUGUGAUGUUCAAGUAAGACCACUGUCAGAUGGUGGUCUGCUGUGUGCCAUGGGAGGAAAGUCUCACAGCGUUUAUUGGAAGGAAGAGGUUGGUGCUACUCGUAUUUCUGUCGAUGGAAAGACCUGUCUUCUGGAGGUCGAAAACGAUCCAACCCAAUUGAGAACUCCUUCUCCAGGAAAGCUCGUGAAGUAUCUCGUUGAAAAUGGCGAGCACAUCUCUGCUGGUCAGCCAUUUGCAGAGGUUGAAGUCAUGAAGAUGUGUAUGCCCCUUGUUGCGCAGGCUAACGGUAUCUUGCAGCUGCUGAAGCAACCAGGAUCCACCGUCUCUGCCGGUGAUAUACUUGCCAUUUUGGCUCUGGAUGAUCCUUCCAAGUCCAAGCAUGCUCUGCCAUUUGAAGGUACUCUGCCGGAUAUGGGCUCUCCAUUCAUCGAAGGAACGAAACCUGCGCAUAAGUUUGCCUCGCUGCUCUCAAUCUUGCAGAACAUCUUGGCUGGUUUCGAUAACCAAGUCGUGAUGAAUGCAACUUUGAGAGACCUGUUGGACAUUUUGAAGAACCCAGAUUUGCCUUACUCCGAAUGGUCUCAACAAGUCUCUGCUCUGCACUCGAGAUUGCCAGCUAAGUUGGACGCCAGUUUCACUGACCUGGUUGAGAGAUCGCACCGUAGGGGUGCUGAAUUCCCAGCCAAGCAGAUACUGAAACUGAUUGAGAAGUCAGAAAAUGGAAGUGACGCCUCCUUCCUUCAAGUCGUUGCUCCACUCUCGGAAUUGGCACAACGUUACCACGAUGGCUUGAAGGCUCAUGAGUACUCUGUCUUUGCAAACUUGCUCGAAAGCUACUACAGUGUGGAAUCUUUGUUUGCAGGCCAAAACGUUCGCGAGGAGGAUGUUAUUUUGCAGCUGAGAGACAACAAUAAAGAUGACCUCAACAAGGUUAUUGCAAUUGCUCUCUCCCACUCGAGAAUUGGUGCCAGAAAUACUUUGAUUGCUGCUAUUUUGGCGAUCUAUCAACCAAUCUGCCAAAGUGUUCCAGGUGCUGCCAACGCUUUGCGCGAGCCAUUGAAGAAGAUAGUCGAUUUGGACACCAGAGGCACAGCCAAGGUUGCUUUGAAAGCGCGUGAGAUUUUGAUCCAAUGCUCUAUGCCUUCAAUCAAAGAGAGAUCCGAUCAACUUGAGUUGAUCCUGAAGUCUUCUGUCGUUGACACCAGAUACGGCGAGACCACCAGCUCUGAACACAAGUUGCCAGAGUUCCAGAAGAUCAAGGAUGUCAUUGACUCCAACUACACCGUGUUCGAUGUUCUUUCUCAAUUCAUCGUCAGCUCAGAUCCUUGGGUUGCAUCUGCUGCCGCUGAGGUGUACAUCAGAAGAGCUUACCGUGCAUACUCUGUUGCUGAACUGAAGCACCAUCCGGCGGGAUCACUGCCUAUUGUGGAAUGGAAAUUCCAGCUUCCAGCUUUGUCCACUGCUGCCUACAAUGCCGUCCCAGAAGGCGUCAGGAACGGUAAAUCACCAGCAAUGAAUCGUGCUGUGUCCGUUUCCGAUUUGACUUUCAUGAUCAACAAGAACGACACGCAGCCAUUGAGAACUGGUAUCUUGGUUCCAGCUGCUCAUCUGGACGAUGUGGAAGAAAUGCUCUCCAAGGGUCUUGAUGUUAUUCCCAAGAAGACCAAGCCUUCUGCUCCUGUUCCAGACCGCUCCAACUCUCCUGCCGAGGGUGGGCUCAAGAACGUUUGCAAUAUCUUCGUUGGAAGCUAUGAAGGUUUCAGCUCCGAGGCCGAGGUCUUGGCUAGAUUGCAUGAAAUCCUCAGAGAUAACAAGGAUGAUUUGUUGGCCUCCGGAAUCCGUCGUGUUUCCUUCGUUUUCGGUGACAAGAUUGGUGCCUAUCCAAAGUACUACACUUUCAAGGGUCCAAACUACGACGAGGACGAUGUUAUUCGUCACAUCGAACCCGCAUUGGCUUUCCAAUUGGAGCUAGGUAGGUUAUCCAACUUCAACAUCAAGCCAGUUGUCACUGACAACAGAAACAUCCACGUUUACGAGGCUGUUGCCAAGAACUCAUCUGGUGUGGACAAACGUUACUUUACAAGAGGUAUUAUCAGAACCGGCAAGAUCAGAGACGAUGUCACGAUCUCCGAGUACCUGAUUUCUGAGGCCCACAGACUGAUGUCAGACAUCUUGGACGCUCUCGAAGUCAUCGAUACUUCGAACACUGACCUCAACCAUAUUUUCAUCAACUUUUCUGCGGUUUUCAAUGUUACUCCAGAAGAUGUGGAAAGUGCAUUUGGUGGUUUCCUCGAGAGAUUCGGAAGAAGACUGUGGAGAUUGCGGGUUACCUCUGCUGAGAUCAGAAUCAUGUGCACUGACUCAAGCUCAGGUGUUCCAUUCCCUCUCAGAGCCAUGAUCAACAAUGUAUCCGGAUAUGUUGUCAAGUCUGAAAUGUACAUGGAAGUUAAGAAUGACAACGGAGAGUGGAUCUUCAAGUCUAUUGGCACUCCAGGUGCUAUGCACUUGAGACCAAUCUCAACUCCAUACCCAACCAAGGAGUGGUUACAACCAAAGAGAUACAAGGCUCAUGUUAUGGGAACGACCUAUGUCUAUGAUUUCCCAGAGUUGUUCCGCCAGGCUACUAUUUCCCAAUGGAAGAAGCAUUCUCCCGAGGCCAAGAUUCCUAACGAUAUCUUUGAAUCCAGUGAACUCAUCAUUGAUGAAUCCGGUGAGUUUGCAGAGGUUGCCAGAGAACCAGGUGCAAACAACGUUGGUAUGGUUGCAUUCAAGGUCACUGCCAAGACUCCAGAAUAUCCUCGUGGAAGACAGUUCAUUAUUGUUGCCAAUGACAUCACCUUCAAGAUUGGUUCGUUUGGUCCAAAAGAAGAUGCCUACUUCAACAAGGCUACUGAGUUGGCUAGAAAGCUUGGAAUUCCAAGAAUCUACCUGUCUGCGAACUCCGGUGCCAGAAUUGGUAUUGCGGAGGAGUUAUUGCCUUACUACAAAGUGUCUUGGUUUGAUGAGAAUGAGCCAGCUAAGGGAUUUGAGUAUCUUUACUUGACCUCAGAGGACAAGGCUGAACUUGAGAAGGCUGGCAAGGCCGCUUCAGUUGUCACUGAAAAAGUGGUUGAAGCAGGAAAGGAGCGCCAUGUCAUUAAGGCCAUUAUUGGUGCCGAAGAUGGACUUGGUGUUGAGUGUUUGAAGGGCUCCGGUCUCAUUGCGGGUGCCACUUCGAGGGCUUACAAGGACAUCUUUACCAUCUCUUUGGUCACUUGCAGAUCUGUUGGUAUUGGUGCUUACUUGGUGAGAUUGGGUCAAAGAGCCAUUCAAAUUGAGGGUCAACCAAUCAUUCUGACUGGUGCCCCAGCCCUCAAUAAGUUGCUUGGAAGUGAAGUGUACACCUCCAACUUGCAGUUGGGUGGUACUCAGAUCAUGUACCGUAACGGUGUUUCUCACUUGACUGCUGCCAACGAUUUGGCAGGUGUCGAGCAAAUCAUGGACUGGUUGUCGUAUGUUCCAGCCAAGCGUGGUAUGCCAGUCCCAAUCUUGCCAUCUAUUGAGGACUCUUGGGACAGAGAUGUGGACUUCAAGCCACUGAAGAACGAACCAUACGAUGUUAGAUGGAUGAUUGAAGGUCGUGAUACACCUGAGGGAUUCGAAGCCGGUCUGUUUGACAAAAACUCUUUCCAAGAGACUUUGUCAGGCUGGGCCAAGGGUGUCGUUGUUGGUAGAGCCCGUCUUGGUGGUAUUCCUAUUGGUGUCAUCGGUGUUGAGACCAGAACUAUGGAUAACCUAUGUCCAGCAGACCCUGCCAAUCCUGAUUCUACGGAGUUUUUAGUCCAAGAAGCUGGUCAAGUGUGGUACCCUAACUCUGCAUUCAAGACUGCUCAAGCAAUCAAUGAUUUCAACCACGGUGAAGAGUUGCCUUUGAUGAUUUUGGCCAACUGGAGAGGAUUCUCUGGUGGUCAGCGUGACAUGUACAACGAAGUGUUGAAAUAUGGAUCCUUCAUCGUGGAUGCUCUUGUGGGUUUCAACCAGCCUAUCAUGAUCUAUAUUCCGCCAACUGGUGAGUUGAGAGGAGGAUCUUGGGUCGUUGUUGACACCACUAUCAACGCUGAUAUGAUGGAAAUGUACGCGGAUGUAGAGGCCAGAGCUGGUGUCUUGGAGCCUGAAGGAAUGGUUGGUAUCAAGUACCGUAAGGACAAAUUGACUGCCACCAUGGGUAGAUUGGAUGAGGUCUGCAAAGAUCUUCGUGCGAAGAUGGCCGAUCCUUCGUUGAGUGCUGAGGAUCAUUCUGUUCUGGCAAAGAAGUUGGCUGCCAGAGAGAACCAGCUGCUUCCAGUCUACUCCCAGGUUUCUAUCCAAUUCGCCGAUUUGCAUGACAGAUCCGGUCGUAUGCUCGCGAAGGGCGUCAUCAGAAAGGAACUGGAGUGGACCGAUGCCCGUCGUUUCUUCUUCUGGCGUUUGCGCCGUCGUUUGAAUGAGGAGUACCUCGUCAGACGCAUCGGGGAACACUUGGCACCAGGCUCCACUAGAUUGGAGAAGGUUGCCCGUUUGACCUCCUGGUUGCCAUCCUCGCUGGAUGAGAACAACGACCAGGCGGUUGCGCUUUGGAUCGAGGAGAACCACAAGUUGUUGGAUUCCAACAUCAAGAAGCUCAAGUCUGACAUGGUGAAGCAGACGUUGGCGAAGUUGUUCAAGACCGAUGUCGACUCGGUCAGCAGCGGUCUCUCGGAGAUCAUCUCAUUCUUGCCAGAGGAAGACAAGAAGAAGUUGAUGAAACAUUUUAAAUAA